AUGGCUGAAGCUCUAACAUCCAUACUGAACUUGUCGUCUCUUUCACUGUACAAAGCCAAAUCCAAUUCUAUAUCUUCUCUCGCCAGUCAAAAAGAACGACGAAAUGAAGUUUUAACGAAGCAAAAAGAAAAACGAGAGCAGCUCGUCUCUCAAUUACGUUUCAUGACUAAAGAUGAUGAACCAGUCGAAGAUAAUAAACCUCACUGGCCUCCCCGUCAUCACCGCAAAAAUAUAUCUCCACUCUGUCCAAUCGAGAUGAUGCUAGCCGAAUGGUUAUUUUCUGCUCCCGAUGAUAUAUCAUCUUGGUUUGCUAUUCCAUGUCCACGCGGCCAACGAUGUCUCGUUGUUGUUCAAUCGAAUCGAACGCUUGUCUACGGAAAAUUCGGUAAUCUUAUGUGGACAAUGUACACACAUUUACCCAAACAAACCAUUCUCUACUGUAUAUAUGACAAACGCUCAUCGACUUAUCAUAUUUUGGAUUUGAUCAUGUGGAACGGACAGGAUUACUCUACUCAAUUCGAAUGUCAAUGUCGAUUUUUUAUGUUAGUAUCAUUAAAUGAUGACUCCAGAUUGCAACCGCAUUUUCAAAUCCUACCUCGUACGAGACUCGACGAGAAACAAGAUUUGAUCGAAGCAGAAGAUGGUUAUUUGUUUUAUCAUCCAUUAGGUUGUUAUGAACCCGGUUAUUCUCCACUGGUUUGUUGGCUUAAGCCAUUUAUGAUCGAAGAAAUUCUCGGAAUAAAAUUAACUUAUCCAGUAGAUAAACCUGUUGAUUAUACAACAGCACAAGCUUAUAUGUUCGAUGAACAAUCCAGUAGAAAAGAACAUGAACAACAACAACAACAAACAAUUGUUAGAAAAUCACGCAGAAAAAAGAAGGAAGCAGUACAAGUCGAAGAAGAAUGUGAACAAGAACGAACAGGAGAAGAGAAUUUAAUGCAAUUCCAUUCGGUGUUAAACGAUACUGUUUUGAAUUCGUUGUUGCUAAACUAUUCGGUACAGACAACGAUGUUUGAAGUGUAG